AUGGGGCUCAGGAAGGUCCUUGCCAAACCGUUCGUUGCGGUUGUAGCUUCGAUGAGCAGACGCAUCGAACGCAUGGAUGAGCCGCUGAAACGGCACAUUGAGGAACAUGAGGGGUCUGGUGAGGAUCUGUGCGCCAGUGUUUGGCACGAGUACUGGUCAUACCAGAAGGCACUCCUCAAGUAUCGCCAGGAGAGGCUUAUGAGCGAGCUGCUGUAUCUCUCUGGUGGGAAGAUAUCAAUGGCGACCGCGGGCAUCAAAGACAUUAUUUUACUUUCCCGCGCCCUCACAAAAUGUUUAUUUCUAUUUCUCAUCUUCGCCAUCAUAGGGCGACGUUCCGUGUUUCCUGCGCUAGAACCCACAUCGGUCUUCGUAGAGGAGGUCAAAACCAACUGGCAACCGAACUACAAACGCGGGUUGCUGAUUCAGGAACUGAGCUGGUAG